ACAUAUUGACCUUGACGUUCCGUAGCAUUUAUUUUAUCGAGCGCAGCGGUGGCGCUGUUGGCUAGACACGAAUUUUUGUGAAUUUUUGUUGCAUUCAAAAUUCCUAAUUAGAUAAACAAAGCCGAAAAAAAAUGGCACACGUUUAGAACACGUGGUAAAAUAUAUUACACCUCUUGACACGUGGAAAUUUAUGUCUGUAGAAUGCUCAGUGCCAAAGAGCUUUUAGACUUAAGGUCUAGAAAAGCUCAUCCAAGGAGCCUUCCCACCAUGCCACCAAAAGAUUUCGUACCCACUCAUUCUGCCGAAGAAACAGCAACAAUUAAUGCUAUUGUUGAGGAGAAAAUGACUUAUUUAAAGGAAGAAAGGGCCGAGAGAAGGAAUCUGCUCACAAAAGCUGAUUGGCUUCCUCAAGAAAAAGUAGCUAAAAUUGAAAAAAAGCUUGGCGGUGGCUGGGAUGUUUAUGGAUUUGAUAAGAAUGGCAAGACUUAUCUUCAACCAGAGGAAGCUCUAUUUCUCAUCGAAUUGUCGAAAUUGGAGUUAUGGUAUUCUGGAACCCCAGUCAGUGUUCAACAAGCCUAUCAAAUUCUACUGGUAGAAGAUUUGUGUUCGACUCUCAAGUACCGUGUAUAUUCUCACCUAUGCCGGCAAGGCUAUCGGCUUGUUCGCAGGGUAAAUUCUCCAUCAAUUUCGAUAAAGCGUUCUGGUGAUGCCGUUCAGGUUUCUAGUCCUAAAAGGGUCAGGACGGAUGAACCGUCAAACCACUCAGUCAAAAAUGAAACAAGUGUUAACGUUUCCAGCGAAAAACAAUAUGACUCGAAAUCCAAGUUAUUAUUUGGUUCUUCUGCAGCUGAACCGUCCGAUUAUGAUUGCAUUCCUCAUCUCUUAGCCUCUGCAUCGGAAUCCGUUCUUAUUCAGUUUUCUGAUCUUGAAUUCCUUCCUGAAAGCAUCCGUAACAGGGAAAGUACCUAUGUCAUCAACAAAAAAGAUUUCUUACAUUUUUGUGUAGAUCGGGAAGAAGUUGCGACCAGCAUAAGCUUGGCGUCUACCAACAAUCCCCUUUUUAGCGGGAAAACUAAGCCUCUUUUACUUGGGAAUUUUAUUGGAGAUCCUUACUAUGCCAAUGAUGGAUUGUACAAUCCAACGGACGAGGAACUGAAUCAAAUUGAUGAAGAUGAUCUGCAGAUUUCCUACGAUGUCUAUUCACCCGGUCGGCACUUUCGCAAAUCCAAUCCUGGUACACCAUGCUUCAUGUUGGCCAUUGCCGAAUGGAGCUCAAAUGUACCAAGCCUGUUAUGUUUUGAACGUUUCAAAAGACGUUGUGGCCCUAAAACUGUUCCGUUGGUUGCUGUUUCCGGAGCAGGAUCUGGCAUCUCUUUCUAUCAGCUAAAAGGAGUAGUCAGUCCAAUGUAAACAGUAAAGAUUUGUUUGUAUUUAA